AUGUUACAAUCUGCAAUUACAUAUGAGAAAGUGUUUGAGUCACUUGAAGAAAGUGAUAGUUCCUACAAAUCAGAUCUGUCUUAUGUUGUUCCUAAUUUUCUUGAUUGGGAGUCUGUGAAGAGUUUGGUGGAGAUCUUGAAAUGUUUUUAUGAUAUGACAAUAAGAAUUUCUGGUUCUUUAUAUGUCACUUCUAACACUUUCUUUUCUGAAAUUUCUGAUUUAUACUGCCUCUUGAAUGGCAUGGUGGAAGCUAGAGGGUCUGUGAAACUGAUGGGAGAAAAUAUGAAGGCUAAAUUUGAGAAAUAUUGUGGGGAUAUAGAUAAAAUGAACUUGAUGAUAUUCUUUGCAAACAUUCUAGACCCAAGAGACAAGUUAGAGUACAUGGCAGCACAGAUGAAUCACAUGUAUGGUGAGGUAAAAGGUAAACCCUGCUAUGAGAAAGUGAUUGCAGCCUUGAAAGAGUUGUUUAAUGAUUAUGCUGCCUCUACUUCUGCCUCUACUCCUGCUUCUUCCACUACUGGUUCUGUCAGUACUCCUACUGAUUUUUCACAGUCUACAGUUGGGAGGCCCCAACAUUUGUUAAAGUCACAGAUUAAGAAACAAAGAAUGGAGAGUGGGGGAAUGAAAAAAACAGAGUUAGAAAUUUACCUUGCUGAGGCAAUAGUUGAAGAGGAAACUUCUUUUGACAUACUUAGAUGGUGGAAGUUGAAUGCUGAAAGGUUUCCUAUCCUUUCUAAGAUAGCUAGGGAUGUUUUAGCUAUACCAAUAUCUACUGUUGCCUCAGAAUCUGCCUUCAGUACAUCUAGGAGGGUUUUGGAUCCUUUUAGGAGUUUAUUAACUCCUAAAAUUGUGGAAGCUUUGGUCUGUACUCAAGAUUGGCUUAGGCUACCAAAUACCCCAUUAUCAAUUGAGGAAAAUCUAGAGGAAUUGGAGAGAUUUGAACAAGAAAUUGGUACUGAUGGUGGCAGUGGAACUGGAAGGAGUGGUGGUUCUACACUUGCUACAAUUCCUCUGGCUUGGAAGAUGAAGAACAAUAGGAACUCUAGAAAGACUAGGAAGUAG